CCGGAGGGAGGACUCCCGGAGCAGCCCCGGCGGCCGGAGCGCCCCGCCGACUCAGGAGAAUGCGGCGGCGAUCGCGGAUGCUGCUUUGCUUCGCCUUCCUCUGGGUGCUGGGCAUUGCCUAUUACAUGUACUCCGGGGGCAGCACGGCGCUGGCCGGCGGCGGGAGCAGCGGCGGAGCCGGCAAGAAGGAGGACUGGAAUGAAAUUGACCCAAUUAAAAAGAAAGACCUGCACAGUAACAAUGGGGACGACAAAGCACAAAAUGUGGAGACUCUCCCUCCAGGGAAGGUUCGGUGGCAAGACUUCAAUCAGGAAGCUUACGUUGGAGUCACUAUGGUACGAUCUGGUCAAGAUCCAUACGCCCGUAACAAAUUCAACCAAGUGGAAAGUGACAAGUUGCGAAUGGACAGAAACAUACCUGACACCAGGCAUGAUCAGUGUCAGCGAAAGCAGUGGCGAGUAGACUUACCAGCAACCAGUGUCGUAAUCACUUUCCACAAUGAAGCCAGAUCGGCCUUGCUGAGAACCGUAGUCAGGUGGCUUAAGAAAAGUCCCCCUCAUCUUAUAAAAGUCAUAUUGGUAGAUGACUACAGUAAUGAUCCUGAGGAUGGUGCUCUCCUUGGAAAGAUUGAGAAAGUGCGGGUUCAGAAUGAUCGGCGAGAAGGCUUGAUGCGCUCUCGGGUCCGAGGGGCGGAUGCAGCACAGGCUAAAGUCCUGACGUUUUUGGACAGUCAUUGUGAAUGCAAUGAGCACUGGCUGGAGCCCCUCCUGGAGAGAGUAGCAGAGGACAAGACCCGGGUUGUGUCACCUAUCAUUGAUGUCAUUAAUAUGGAUAACUUUCAGUACGUGGGGGCUUCAGCUGAUUUAAAAGGCGGUUUUGACUGGAAUUUAGUAUUCAAAUGGGAUUACAUGACCCCAGAGCAGAGGAGAGCACGCCAAGGAAAUCCAGUUGCUCCCAUAAAAACCCCCAUGAUCGCUGGCGGGUUGUUUGUGAUGGAUAAAUUCUACUUUGAAGAACUGGGAAAAUACGAUAUGAUGAUGGAUGUAUGGGGAGGAGAAAACCUGGAAAUUUCAUUCCGAGUGUGGCAGUGUGGCGGCAGCCUAGAGAUCAUCCCGUGCAGCCGAGUCGGGCACGUGUUCCGGAAGCAGCACCCCUAUAGUUUUCCAGGGGGCAGUGGCACUGUGUUUGCCCGGAACACUCGCCGGGCAGCAGAAGUCUGGAUGGAUGAAUAUAAAAAUUUUUACUAUGCAGCAGUGCCUUCAGCCAGAAAUGUUCCUUAUGGAAAUAUUCAGAGUCGACUGGAACUAAGGAAGAAACUUAGUUGCAAGCCCUUCAAAUGGUACCUUGAAAAUGUCUACCCUGAAUUACGGGUUCCUGACCAUCAGGAUAUAGCUUUUGGAGCAUUGCAGCAGGGUAACAAUUGCCUGGAUACUUUGGGACAUUUUGCAGAUGGCGUUGUAGGAGUUUAUGAGUGUCACAACUCUGGGGGAAACCAGGAAUGGGCCUUAACAAAGGACAAGUCAGUGAAACAUAUGGAUUUGUGCCUUACUGUGGUGGACCGAGCGCCAGGCUCCCUCAUAAAACUACAGGGCUGCAGAGAGAAUGACAGCAGACAGAAAUGGGAGCAAAUUGAGAGCAAUUCUAAAUUGAGGCAUGUCGGAAGCAACUUGUGCCUGGACAGCCGUAACGCCAAAAACGGAGGCCUGAGCGUGGAGGUCUGCAGCCCGUCCUUAUCGCAACAGUGGAAGUUCACACUUAACCUGCAGCAGUAGGAGGGCUGAGGAAAACCAACACAACACCCAGUGAAUGCCGUGACGUUUCCGACGCAUCGGGCAGAGUUUUGAUGAUCGCAUUACCGAUUCUAUUUCUUAAACUUUCCACAGAACUAUAUACCUCAGUAUUCCAUCAUGGUCUGAAAAUAGGAGAACCGCAACAGCAAGGCACAGGGGAACUGUGUGGACCAGGGGAAGAGGGGAAAUGCUGCUUUCCUUAUCUCACCAAACACAGUCGCAGCCAUGCUCCCUCUUCUCUGUGAGCCCUUUCCCAUUUCUUUCCCCGCUCCUGCUUAGCACUCGCACAAACAGUCGAUUAACAUCCCUAGCAACAACUGACAUACUGUAGGAAAAAUGGAUCUAAACACAUACAGUUUGGGGAAUUAGGGAGGGAGAAAGGGGUGUAGUUAACUUUCUCACUGAGAAGAUCAUUUUUAAAGCUCCAUUUUUUCCCCAUAAAAAGCAUUAUUUACAGUUUCUGAAAACUGAACUGUCAUUUUGAAGGUUUAUGGGGUUUGUUUUUUUUUUCUUUCCCUUCCCAGCCCUCUCCAGUCCUGAAUCCCCUACUCCCAUAUAAUGUACUUGCUAUAUUUGAAUAUGAACUUUUCUAUGAUGGGACACUAAAUAUAAAUAUAUAUUAAAAAAAAUAUGGUCAGUUCCCAACGGUUUAUAUGGGUCAUCAUCAUCAUCAUCAUCCUCAUCCUCAUCCUCCUUGUCAGUUCUCCAGAAAGCUGUUCACACAUGUGAAAAGGAGAAGAGGGGCUUGAACCCAGUCAUGAAAUGGAGCUCUGUUCUGACAGAGGGAAAGAGCCUCACCUGUUUCCUAGGGUCUUCACAUGAGUGGAUGCUUCUCGGCCAGCCAAGGACACAGGAGGCAACAGAAGAAGAAAGGGAAGCAUCAUUCAGGGCCAAGACCCAACCCUCCUCAUCCCAGCAGCAUCCGUGUCUGGCAUUUACUUUGGGUUUGCUGCUGUGACUUGGAGCUCACUCUGUGUGCUGUCAGUAUCUGUAAACCUGUAUCAGUUACUUGUAUUGAAGAAUAUUGCUUUUGGUCUUUUAAAUUAAAUUUUUUUCUUUAAAAAAUAAAAACAGCCCCACAGCUCCCAAUAUGAGUAAUGGCACAACUUGCCGUAGUCCUUUGACAGGUGCAGACAAAUUAUGUUACAUUAUGUAGCCGUCACAAUACCAGCAUUGGUCUAAUUACUUGAGUCCAUAAGACUUGGGCCUUCAGAACUAAUUGAGCUGCCAGCUGAAUGUUUGCGAUUAGUUGUGCCGCCGAAAAUAAAUCCAGUUUACAGAUUUGGUCUAAUUGGUGUCCUGAUAUGUGAAUGGCACCAUCGUGGUUAAAGUGGGCUCUGAAUUUCAACCUGCCUUCUCCCUAGCAACAUUUUUGAAGUCCUUAUAUUGAAAUACAUCAUGUCUUUUCUUCCCCCUCUCUAAAUGACUGCAUCAGUGAACUUUGGGUAAAGAAAGAAAAUGAAUGGAAAAUCAAUGCCAGAAAACUUACUGUAAUGAAUUUGUGCACACGGUGAGAGCCUUUUGGUUUAGGAAGAAAAUUUCUAUUUAAACCAUGGAGUGAUUAUAACCAGUAGUAAAGGGUGUGUGUGUGAGUGUGUGUGUGCGAGAGAGAGUGUGUGUGUGUAAGGAAAAAUGACUGGGCAGUUACCUUAAGAGACAAAAUAUCCUUCUGGUUUGUGUGGUCGAUCCUUCUCUGGGAGCUUUGUCUUUGUGAUGAUAUGGAAAAUGAUGACUAUUAGCUCACCCCUUGUAGUAGAUGGGUCUUUGGUCCUCACAAGUUCCCAGACUCAGAAAGCUUGGGGUGACCAACUGGAGGAGGUGCUGCUGACCUCUGUGUGUUCAUCAGGUCCACAUGUGUGUCCGUUUUGAGAGGUUGGGGAGUUGAGGAACAGGAACGGGUGGAUUUGGGAUAUGGGGGCAGGGCAAUGGUAAAUCAACUCUUUGGCCUUUUAUCUCAUCCUUACCCAAUCCACCUGUAGCAAGGAAUGGAAACUUUUGUCCCAUUGUUCCUCUCCCUUCUCCCCCCACCCCCCAUAAAACACCAAAUUUGUGAGCAUCUAUUAGUGUGGUAAUACAGCGGAGAAAUUUUCUAGAUUGUUUUUGGCCUACAGCCGUUUCCCUUCCACUCUGUCAACCCAGCCAGAUGUAUUUUAAAGGAAAGGGGCUGGGGGUUCUGAAUUCAUUCUGCAGCAGGAUGCAGGAUGCUGUAGCACGUUUCCAUCUUUGGAGAAAAAAAAAUGUACUCCAAAUAGAUCCUUUGGAGGAGGCUAAGGAUAAGCUUCAAUAUGACGUACGUGUGCAAUCAUAUUGAACAAAUACUUAUGAGCAGGAAGCUCCUGCCCAGAUGCACUUAUUUCUGGAUUCUGUUAACUGAAAUCCCAGUCACUGAUGAGCUACUGCUACUGUAAAGGGGCCCCCCAUAAGUAUAGGGAAGUGUUUCAAUUUGGCAGAUAUUUUUUGGAGGGGGGAAAGCCAGGUUUCUUAGUGAAUCUCUGACUCCCUCUCUACCCAGAGUUCUUAAUUGUCAAACCCACUGUACUGUAAGGAUGUAUCUACCAAACUCUGUGUUGUGGCUACUGCCCAAAGAGGAGGUAGCCUUGCCUGAUUUCUUUCUGAGCUAGCAACCUUCUGUGAUAUCAUGAGCAGAACAGAGAAGAGAAAGAAGAAAAAAGAAAUAACAGGUGUCCUAUGUUAUAAGCUAUGUUUACAUGACACAGUGUGCCAAAGUUACUUACUGUGAUUUAAUUAUUUUUUAAGCAUAGGGAUUAUCCUGCCCCGAUUUUUAAAAAUUAAAAUUAAAAAUGCCCCUCUGCAAACCCUCAAAACAAAGUGUGACAAAGUUAGUCGUCUUCUCUGUGGUGGUCUUUCUUACUGUCUUCAUAAGAGCUAAAUGAUGGUAUAUGUGAGUAUGUUUUGCAAAUUUCAAAAUAUAGUUUGGUAAUUUUUUUUCCAGUUGAUUUUUAAAAAAAGAACUGCUGUACAGAGCUUGUACUUUGUUCAUUUUAUAGAUGGAAACCAUCCUUGAAAAUUGUUUAACUUAAAUAAAGAAGAUACUUUAUAGAUAAA